AUGAAAACUCUUACAGUUUUAAACAACUGUGACUUCAUAUUUACUGUUGCGAAAGAUACUGAAUAUCUAAAUUCUCCUGGAUUUUUGUGCUAUAUUAAAGAAACUCAGUCUAUUGUGUGCAGUUCGUCAACAGAAGCCAUUAAUGCUUGCUAUAAAAAAGUUUUUUGUUCAAAUGCAAAAUUUUCUGAUCUACCAGUUAUGGGUUUUGAUAAUUCAAAUAUUGUGCAGCAAUUGCUUAGUGAUGUUGUAUUUCAUUCAUAUAUGUUUAGUCUUGGAAAAUUAAAUAUAUUUGUGUUGAGAAUGGGAAAAUCAAAGAAACCAGAAUGGAACUAUGCAGGAGAAGGAUAUAAAUCUGUUUUUCAAUACAAUUUUGAUAAUGUAAAAUCAAUAUUUAUUCAAGAGAUAGAAUAUAAAGAAUGUGUAAUUCAAGUAUUUACUAAUGAAACUUUAAAAAAGACUUAUAAUACUAUUGAUCCUGAUGAAGCUUAG